GGACCCCUUCGGCGCAUGCGCAGUCGUGCCGCAAGGCGGUGUGUGUGCGGCGGGGAUGAGGGCUGCCGCCGUAAAGCGCGGACGAUGUCGGAGCCGGCGGUGUUCGAGAAGCGGCUGCUGGUGACGGGCGGUGCGGGGUUCAUUGCUUCGCAUGUAGUUGUCUCUCUUGUGAAAAACUACCCGAACUAUCUGAUUAUAAAUCUAGAUAAGCUCAACUACUGUGCAAGCUUGAAGAACCUGGAAACUGUCUCUGAGAAGGAAAACUACAAGUUUAUCCAGGGAGAUAUUUGUGAACCUGACUUUAUAAAACAGCUCUUCAAAACUGAGAAAAUAGAUAUAGUCCUUCAUUUUGCAGCUCAAACACAUGUAGAUCUUUCAUUUUGGCAUGCCCUGGAAUUCACCUAUGUGAAUGUUUAUGGCACUAAUGUGCUGGUUGCUGCUGCACAUGAAGCCAAUGUGGAGAAGUUUGUCUAUGUUAGUACAGAUGAAGUAUAUGGAGGUAGCACUGACGAGGAAUUUGAUGAAUCCUCACCCAAACGUCCAACAAAUCCCUAUGCCUCCUCUAAAGCAGCUGCAGAAUGUUUUGUUCAGUCUUACUGGGAAAGGUACCAAUUCCCAGUUGUUAUCACACGGAGCAGUAAUGUCUACGGGCCACACCAGUAUCCAGAAAAAGUUAUUCCAAAGUUUAUAUCUUUGUUGCAGCAGAACAGAAAAUGCUGUAUCCAUGGUUCUGGACUUCAAAGAAGGAAUUUUCUUUAUGCAGCUGAUGUGGUAGAAGCAUUCCUCACUGUCCUGAAGGAGGGGAAGCCAGGUGAAAUUUAUAACAUUGGAACAAACUUUGAGAUGUCCAUUGCCCAGCUUGCUAAGGAAUUAAUCCAUUUAAUAAAGAAGACCAGUUCAGAAUCUGAAAUGGAGCACUGGAUGGAUUAUGUCAAAGACAGACCUACCAAUGACCUGAGAUACCCCAUGAAUUCAGAGAAAAUGCACAGCUUAGGAUGGAGACCUAAAGUGCCUUGGAAAGAAGGAAUAAAGAAAACAAUUGAAUGGUACAAAGAAAAUUUUCACAACUGGAAGAACUCAGAGAAAGCUUUGGAGCCCUUUCCUGUGGCAGAGCCAUUUGCACAGCUCGGUGGUCCCUAGGGUGGCAGAGAACCUGAAGGAGUUUAUUCUACCUCAUACAGCCUUUCCUUCAAAGCCUGCAGUCAAGUGGCCUCACUGAACUCUUAAUGUAUUCAAGAUACAGAAACCACGAUGAAUACAGAACUACAGUAUGGCACAAAUUUGGAAGGGUUUCAGCACUUUAUAAAUUGAAUCUGUUAAUUUCAGCUUUUGGUGCAAUAGGUGUUGAUUGUUUAAAAUCACUAGGUUUUGAUUUUUAAAGAAGUGUGCAGGGUGAAGAAUAUUUAUAAUGCUAUAAAUCAGUGUAACUGAAGUCAAAUCUGCCUUAAUAAUUUGUGGUUACAGCUUUUGGUACUUUCAGUGAAAUUUGUUUUGGUUCUGGAAUCAUUGAUCUGUAUUAAUUUGUUUUUACACUAUGAUAUUUUUGUCACUUUAAAGAGUUGCAUUUUGUUUUUAAUCAAGGGGAACAAUGCUGUAUUUUUCUGGAGAGUAUAAAUCAGUUGACAAAGCUAGAUAUGGCACCCACAUGGUUCAGGCCUUUUCUCUGUUGAUGUGGUAUUCCCUUCUGGCUGAUUAAACUGUUACCUACUCCAUAACUUUAAAUGCCCUUUUUUAAGAGAGGCAGGGAAAAAAAGGUAUCAGGACAUAGCAGGUGUUCUUACUGAGAUUUCCAGAAGCAUUUUCUUAAACUGCUCUGUUUUAGAUGUCUGUCUUUUUUUUUUAAGUGUAUUUUACUUGUUAAUUUUCUUAAUGAAUUGUAACCAACUUGAAAUACUGUAACACAGUUAACAUUCCAGUGAUGUUAUUUCCUCUUAUUUCCUGUGAUGUGAAGGAUAUUUAUGGAGAAAAAUUUUGAACACUUCCUUGUGGGUUGGAAGACCUUUUUAAAUGUCAUAUUUCACAACUUUUUUUUUUUUCCCCUAGUGGCAAACAUCUUAAAGAUUUGAGUUUUAAGGUAAAGUUUGGGAGGAAAAUUCAAUCCUAGAAAUAUGUUGAUGAAUAUUUUUCAAAGUUGAUUGAGUAAUAAAAGUUACAGUGUAACUGGUUUCUCAUAAGUAAGUAAACAUGUUGAAAAAGGAGA